CUCUCUGGCUUGGAGGCGGGGCAGGCGGGGGCGGGUCCAGGUAUCAGGUUCGGUUGCGUGGGGCCGCGCGUCUCCCCGAGGUAAAUAGUCGGUGGUGGCGGCGACGACUUUUGGCCUGGGGAGUCGGGGGCCGCCGGAUUGUGAACCGGGGUUCAGCCUGGUCAGACCUGUCGCCUUCAGUUUCUCCAUCCUCAGGGUGAGGAUGCUGUUACACAACCACUUGGAGUUCUUUAGUUGAAAAAUUCUCUGUGGACAGAAGAAUCACAAUGAAUUCAGGCUUAUGGAGCCAAGAAAAAGUUACUUCACCCUAUUUGGAAGAACGGAUUUUUUAUUUGCUUCUUCAAGAAUGCAGUGUUUCAGACAAACAAACACAAAAGAUUCUUAAAGUGCCAAAGGGGAGUAUAGGACAAUAUAUUCAAGAUCGUUCUUUGGGGCAUGCGAGAAUUCCUCUUUCUAAAGGCAAGAAAAAUCAUAUUGGAUUAAAAAUUUUGGAGCAGCCACAUGCAGUCCUAUUUGUGGAUGAGAAGGAUGUAGUAGAAAUAAAUGAAAAAUUCACAGAAUUGCUUUUGGCAAUUACCAAUUGUGAGGAAAGAUACAGUCUCUUUAAAAACAGAAGCCGGCUAAGUAAAGGCCUCCAAAUAGAUGUGGGAUGCCCUGUCAAAGUACAACUGAGAUCUGGGGAAGAAAAAUUUCCUGGAGUUGUACGCUUCAGAGGACCCUUGUUAACGGAGAGGACAGUGUCGGGAAUAUUCUUUGGAGUAGAGUUGCUGGAAGAAGGUCGUGGUCAAGGUUUCACUGAUGGAAUUUACCAAGGGAAACAGCUUUUCCGGUGUGAUGAAGAUUGUGGUGUCUUUGUGGCUUUGGACAAAUUAGAGCUUAUAGAAGAUGAUGACAAUGCAUUGGAAAGUGAUUAUGCAGGCCCACCUGACAUGAUGCAGGUUGACCUUCCUCCUUUGGAAAUAAAUUCCAGAGUUUCUUUGAAGGUUGGAGAAGGUAUAGAAUCUGGAACAGUUAUAUUCUGUGAUGUCUUACCAGGAAAAGAGAAUUUAGGAUACUUUGUUGGAGUUGACAUGGAUAAUCCUAUUGGAAAUUGGGAUGGAAGAUUCAAUGGAAUACAACUUUGUAGUUUUGCAAGUGUCGAAAGUACACUUCUGUUGCAUAUCAAUGAUAUCAUCCCAGCUUUAUCAGAUAGUGUGACACAAGAAAGAAGGCCUCCCAAACUUGCAUUUAUGCCGAGAGGUGGUGGGGAUAAAGGUUUAUCCAGUCAUAGUAAACCAAAGUCUACAGGAUCUACCUCAGACCCUGGAAAUAGAAGCAGAUCUGAAUUAUUUUACACCUUAAAUGGUGGUUCUGUUGAUUCUCAACCACAAACCAAAUCAAAAAAUGCAUGGUACAUUGAUGAAGUUGCUGAAGACCCUGCAAAAUCCCUGACAGAAAUAUCUCCAGAUUUUGGACAUUCUUCACCGCCUCUGCAACCUCCUUCUAUGAACUCUUCUACCAACGAGAACAGAUUUCACUCUUUGCCAUUUAGCUUGACAAAGAUGCCAAAUACCAACGGAGGUAUUGGGCACAGUCCUCUGUCUCUGUCUGUUCAGUCAGUGAUGGGAGAACUAAACAACUCUCCUGUCCAGGAGAGUCCACCUUUGACUGUACCUUCAAGUAAUUCACAUGGUCUUGAAGUAGGCUCGUUGGCUGAAGUUAAAGAUAAUCCUCCUUUCUUUGGUGUAAUCCGUUGGAUUGGUCAGCCACCAGGACUAAAUGAAGUAUUAGCAGGACUGGAACUGGAAGAUGAAUGUGCAGGCUGUACGGAUGGAACUUUCAGGGGUACGCGCUAUUUCACCUGUGCCCUGAAGAAGGCGCUGUUCGUUAAACUCAAGAGCUGCAGGCCUGAUUCUAGGUUUGCCUCACUUCAGCCAGUUUCCAACCAGAUUGAACGGUGCAAUUCUUUAGCAUUUGGAGGUUACUUAAGUGAAGUGGUAGAAGAGAAUACUCCACCAAAAAUGGAAAAAGAAGGUUUAGAGGUAAUGAUUGGAAAGAAGAAAGGUAUCCAGGGCCAUUACAAUUCUUGUUACUUAGACUCUACCUUAUUCUGCUUAUUUUCUUUUAGUUCUGUUCUGGACACUGUCUUACUUAGGCCAAAAGAAAAGAAUGAUGUAGAAUAUUAUAGCGAAACUCAAGAAUUACUGAGGACAGAGAUUGUAAAUCCUCUUAGAAUAUAUGGAUAUGUUUGUGCCACAAAAAUUAUGAAACUGAGGAAAAUACUUGAGAAAGUUGAGGCUGCAUCAGGUUUUACCUCAGAGGAAAAAGAUCCUGAAGAGUUCUUGAACAUCCUGUUUCAUCAUAUUUUGAGGGUAGAACCAUUAUUAAAAAUAAGAUCUGCAGGACAAAAGGUACAAGAUUGUUACUUCUAUCAAAUUUUUAUGGAAAAAAAUGAAAAAGUUGGUGUUCCUACAAUUCAACAGCUGCUAGAAUGGUCUUUCAUCAAUAGUAACCUAAAAUUUGCAGAGGCACCAUCAUGUCUGAUUAUUCAGAUGCCUCGAUUUGGAAAAGAUUUCAAACUCUUCAAAAAAAUUUUUCCUUCCCUGGAAUUAAAUAUAACAGAUUUACUUGAAGAUACUCCCAGGCAGUGCCGGAUAUGUGGAGGACUUGCCAUGUAUGAAUGCAGAGAGUGCUAUGAUGAUUCUGAUAUUUCUGCUGGAAAGAUCAAGCAAUUUUGUAAAACCUGCAAUACACAGGUCCAUCUUCAUCCCAAGAGGUUGAAUCAUAAAUACAACCCAGUGUCACUUCCCAAAGACUUACCUGACUGGGACUGGAGACAUGGCUGUAUACCUUGUCAGAAGAUGGAAUUGUUUGCUGUUCUCUGCAUUGAAACAAGCCAUUAUGUUGCUUUUGUAAAGUAUGGGCGAGAUGACUCUGCCUGGCUCUUCUUUGACAGCAUGGCAGACCGUGACGGUGGUCAGAAUGGCUUUAACAUUCCUCAAGUUACCCCAUGCCCAGAAGUUGGGGAGUACUUGAAAAUGUCUCUAGAAGAACUGCAUUCCCUGGACUCCAGGAGAAUCCAAGGCUGUGCACGAAGACUUCUUUGUGAUGCAUAUAUGUGCAUGUAUCAGAGUCCAACAAUGAGUUUGUACAAGUAAAUAAUUAUGGUCAACUGGAAAGGAGAAGACACUGUAUGAAAAUUUUUACUGUUGCAUUUUACUUGAGUUGGCUGUCCUGUUUAGCAUCCUUUGCCGGCAUUGGAUGCCUCCAUGGUGAUAAUCCUUAAGAAAAGGAUUAAUGCAUUGAAAAACAAAUUGCAUUUAUGUUAUUGAAUAUUUAAAUAAGAAGCAUUUUGCACUCUAGAAAGUAUGUUUGUGUUGGUUUUUUAAGAAGUCUAAUGAAGUUAUUAAAACCUGAAGCUUUAAGUUAAGUGCAUUGAUCAUAUAAUAUUUUUGGAAGCAUAGACAUUGAAUUGUAACAGUUUUAAAAACCUCCUUAGUCCAUUGAGAAUGUCAACAUAUACACUUAUGAUCCUAUACUUGGUGUAUUACAAUGGACAAAGGAUACCAAAUAAUUUUUUCUUUGUAGCUAAUGGUUGCCUUGAGGAAGAAAUAAUUUGGUUUUAUUAAGAGGUUUGAUUUUAACACAGUUAUUAGAGUUGUUUUGCUGAAUUUGUUUUGUUAACUCUUUCCUACCUGGUUCAAGCUUUUGCAUGUCAGGAAUCUACUGAAUUUGUAUUUCUGCAGUUGUCAGAAAAUACUUACCUUUCUCCACCAAUAUUGUUGAUUUCUGUUUUGUUCUGCCUUUUUUUUUUUCCUGAUAAGUGCGUGAAACUGUUUUCUUAAAAAAAAAAAAGUGUCUUUUGUGAUGUAAUGGUCUUGGGGGAUUGGGGCAGUAAUAUUUGACAAAUGAAGCUGUUUAUGUAUAGUAGUAGAUAUCAGCUGACCUAUUUUUUCAGACUUCUUUAUAAACUUUUUUGUGGAAUGGGAAACAGUAAAUUUAUAAAAGUGUUCAGGUGUUAAGUUGAACCAAAUACUAGCUUUUAGUAGCCAGUACUACAUAUAUGUAGUCCAAAAAAAUUAAAUUUGGUGUACAAGGUUAUAUGGUAAACUUUUUCUAAAAAGAUAUUAGGUCCCACAACCUUUACUAUAUGUAAAUCUAAAUGCCUAGGACUAAAAAGUUUAACUUCCAGGACCAUGGCUAAGAAAAUAAGUUCAAAUUAGUCUCAUUUGAGAUAAUGCUUCCUAUGAAUCUUUUUGUAUCCAGUGAAAUCAUACUGUCAACUGGCUUCAUCCUGACUUUUGACUAAAUUAAGAAAAAUCCUGAUGUUUUCUUAGUUAAUAUCCAUUGUGUAUAUACACCACAAUUGGAUGUUGUAGAUCUAUCUAUAGAUAUGAAUAUCAUUAUUGCGGAAUGUAUAGUCUCAAAUUAUUUUAUACUCUUGAUGUCUCUGGGCUAACUUCCUAACCAUAAAGAAAGAAAGGUCGUGUGCUUAUAACAUAUGACUGUAUAAAAGUGUUUAAUAGCCUAAAAAUGUCCAAAUGGCUAAAAUAUUUACAAAUAAUGAAUUUUUUAAAAAAAAGUUUAACACUUUAUUUUCUUUGGAUCAUUCCUUUAAAAUAUUUAUUAACUUUAAAAACAACAGUACAAAAAUUACUAUCUCAAGUUGUUCGAAAGUGGAGCUAAGAUUUGUUCAAUAAUAUUUUGGGGAAGUGCCAUAUAGUUAAAAAAUCUCUUUACUGGGACUCAUCUGUGUUCUAGUCCUGGAUUUCUUACUGUUUAUUUGACCAUAGGCAAGUCACUAACUUCUUGUGACCUCAGUUUCUUAAUCUGCAAAUUUAGGGAGUGGAAUAAAGGGACCUGUAAGACCCCUUCCAAAUUUGAUAUUUGUUAAUUUAUAUAAUACUUUUUCAACAAAGGUCAUUAACAUAAUUAUAAAAAAUAACAUACUACUUACUCUAGAGGACAGGUCAGGAUUCAAAUUGUAAAAUCUUUUAUCUCCAUUAUUUUUAUUUAGCAUCUAUCUUUUGAUAUAACUAUUGAACAUUUGAUGACAGGAAACUAGUAGAUAAUUUUUUCCUUAAAAUUUUUUAACUGAAAACCUUGAGGAAAACCUGUCUCUGAGGGAAGAUUUUUAGUUAGUUUUUUUUAAAGUGAUGAUUUAAUGCUUGCAUUGUUUCCCACUGAAGUUUGUGGUACAUUUUUUCUAAAUAAGGUUCCUUAGCCAUAAUUUAUUUAUUUUUGUUAAUACUGGGUUUUUAAUUUACUGUUUUCCCCUGUCAACAGCACUUAAAAUAAAAGUAGUAGUAGUAGUAGUAGUAGUGGUAGAGGGAAUGAAAGAGAACAGUACUCUGGUUCUUUUUUUGAUGGCUUGAAUUUUUUUAAAGUAGUAAAAAAACUAACCAGAAGUACCCAUCUUGUACCAUUUUUUUCUCUUUUGCUUUCCAUUUUUCUCCUUCCCUUUCCCAUUUUCCAUCCAUUGCGUCUGAACUGUCAAAUGUGCAAGGUAGGAAGAGAGGGCAGUUGGUGAUAUAGUCCUAGAUGUUUUUGCAGAUUUCCCCUCCAUAGUCCCUCUUGUUUUUUUUUAAAUGUCAAAUUCAUUUCUUUAAAAAGUUUUUCAAAUGCUGUCUUCCCCUACUGCUUUUUAUGUAAUCAAGAGAAAAGACAAUGCAGGAGAAUCCUAUUUUGGCAUAAUCAUUAUUACACAGAGAUAUGGAUAAAAAAAUGUUUUAUUUUAUGUCCACCAAGAGACAGCUAUUAAACAGUUAACACGGUGGGCAUAUAAGACCUUUUUUCCCAAUAGUAGCAGAAUAAAGAGCUUCCACCAUAUUAAAGUAACAUUUUAUACGAUAAGUAGAAAGGAAAAUAAAUUUAUUCUGUUCAAAAGAAAAACGUUAAAAAGGAAUUUACUAAUAUUUAUUAAGUUAUUUUUAAGAAUAACUUAAUAAAUAUUUGUAUUAGCCAAUUAUAUAAUUGUAGAUUCUCUAGUUCCUUCCUAUUCCAAAUUAAUUUGGCCUGCUUUUUCCCUCCGGAUUGUGUUGAUCACAUAGUGAUUGUUUGGAAAUAAAACCUUUUGUAUAUUAUCAUAUCUAAUUAACUGAUUAUCUAAGUGCUUUAUCUUGAACACUCACUGCUUAGCUAUGUGAUUCUGUGCUUUUAGUUGGUGGUGGGUAAAGUUAUUCUAGGUAUUCAAUAAUAUGGAAUAUCAGGCUUUAGCAGAGUCUUAGUGGUGAUCAUCAAAUUAAGUUUUAAAUAUCCAUUAUUAUUUGCUUAACUCUGUGCUAAGCUCUGUGGGAAAUUCAGACAUAUAAGAUGUGGUCCCUAUACUUAGUAAGUUUAUACCAUAAUUGUGACAUUGGGCUAUCUUAUAUUAUUUUGUUAAUGGUCCCUGGUAUUAAUGUGAAUAAUUAGGAGUUAACAAUAGUACAAGAUAUGCGAUUUGUGUGCAAGGCUACAUAAAGUAUAAAUUUCAUCUGUUUUAACUGGCUUUCCCUCAGAUAUUUAUGGUCAUUGAGAAACAGUAUACUAUGGCUAUGUCUUCUUAAAUGUGAACAAUUCUUCCCAUAUUUUAAAAUGAGUUUUUGUGAUGUUAUCUGGACUUUUCCCUCACUAUUUGAACUCUGGAAAAAUAUAGCUUCAGAAGACCAAAGAAAUAAGGAGAGAAGUUACCAUGUAGAGUUGUAGACAACAUAUUAUCAGUAACUUGCUAGGUGAAAAUGUUAUGACCAUGCAUGGAAACUGUGAGGUAAUAGUUUACUUUUUCUUGAAUGGAAUAUGAUAUGUUUUUCUAGGGAAUGGUAACAUUGAUAAAACAUCUAUACCUUUCUGUUGCUGAGAAAAAAACAAACAAAACAAAAUCCUACAUUUACUAAUAAAAUAGCGGACAAACUCUUGAAAACAUGUGAUGAGAGGUACCAAAUGUAAACAAGGGCUCAUAUUAGUCACAGAUAUUGCUCUCAUACUACUGAAAAUCAACAAUAUUUUCCUUGAUAUUUAAAAAUAUAUAAAUAUUAUUCUGAGGAAGAAAGAGGGGGGGAAAAAACCUUUGGUUUUGUAGGAGCCAGCGAAGACUUUCUAAAAUUGUGUCACCUGUCAGGUGAGCAAAGGGAAGGAUUCAGUAGACUUGUUAAAGGCCUGUUUUUGUGGCUGUACACAAGAUUAAAAAGAAAAAAGAAAAUAAACAACUCAGAGUACAGAUAUUUUUAGAUAAAAGUUGAGCAGAAACUCUAUAUAUUACUUUGGGAGGAGAAGAAAGGAUUUUAUUUCUUAUUUUCCUGUCUCUAGCAGGGAGGCACCUUUUCUUUUGCAGUAUUGAGGGCAUCAGUUCUUUGUUUUUGCCUGGAUAAGGUAAGGAAAAGAAGUCCAGUGCUGAAGACCUAACCUUUAGCAACCAGAGUUUCAGAAAAUAAACAUCCACUGAUCCAAAUGGUUAAUUUGAAUUUAAUAUAUAUCUGUAAGUAUCUAUAUGUGUGUGUAUUUGUACACAUCUACGUACAUAUACAUAUAUACAUAUUCACAUAUACACAUACACAUAUAUUUAAAGCACUUUUUCCCCCUAAAGGAGUAUAAUGGAGACAUAGGUGUCCCUGGUGACAGUUGGCUUUAUUAAACAAAAUGGCCUAAUACAGUAUAAUUCCAACUCCUGAAAGCCUUUACAUUGUGGUGUUGGGGUUUUUGGUUCCAUUUGUAAUUUUCAAAUUGUUUGGGGGUUUGUUCACUGUUAGUUUGGUGUAAAGAAACAUGCUUUAUUUUGUGCUUUCCAUUCUUGGUAUCUUUGGUAAGCCUUUUUUUCCUUUUUUUUUUUUUUUGCUUGAAGAAUAUAUUUAUGAAAACAUUCUUUUAAAAAACAUCAUUGGAUAUUCCAUUAUUAUCAGGUUGCUCUGAUUUAGCCUUAAUUUUGUUAAAUUUUUUAGAGAUGAAUGAAGUGCUGCUGUGGAAAGGAAUGUACUAUAUACUAUUUCUGUAUCAUUAAAAUUAAAUUUUUAUGGUUC